AUGAAAAUCUCCGAUAGUACAACUACAACUACAUCUACAUUACUUAUGUCAUCACCAUUACUAUUAAAAAAGAACAAACCAACGAAACCUUUCAAAUUCAAUCGUCGACUCAAAAAUCGUAUGAGUACGUUAUCAAAAGGUUCAGCAUCAAUUUCAAUUCCGAUCAAUAAUUAUCAAAUUAUUCCUGUGUCGUCUAUAUGGAAAAAUACUCAAGUAACUUCACCAAAUCCGGUGGUAACACUAAUCAAUACCAAUUCUAAGCCGAUUAAUACUUAUUUACCAUCAGCAAUCACUCCAUCAUCGAUCAAUCAACAACAACAGAAUACACCUGUUUAUCCAUCAUUUAAAUCAUUUACUACUCCUCGUGUAACGACUACACUUAUUCCACUCAAUGUGUGUCCAACCGAAUAUUGUCAAACAGUAAAAUCAACACCAAUACCAUCGAUUAAUAUCAUUAAAAAUAAUCAAGAACAUAAUAUGUUCGAAAACAAAUCAAAAGGCAGUAUAACAACUCAUCUAAUUGGUGAUUGGAUAAUACGUGAAAGUUCGGAGCCAUUUCAACGAAAAGAAAAUGAACGAUCAACACCAAUAGAACAAAUCGAUAAUCAAGAAAAAAAACUUAUUUCUAACGAAUCUGUUACUUCCCAUUCAUCUUCAUCGGGAAAUGUUAACCAGUGGACUAUCGAUGAUGUAUGUUCGUUUUUCGAAAAUGUUCUUGGAAAGAAUUGUUAUGCAUCCAUAAUCAAAGAACAUUUAAUCGAUGGAGCAGCUCUUGUUCUUCUAGAAGAUGAACAUCUUAGUAGUGUUUUCAAAAUGCAAUUGGGACCUCGUUUAAAAUUACUUAAUAGUAUCAAUAAACUUAAAAAUGGUGAUCUUUCUGUAUUAUAA